AUAUUUUUUGUAUAUUGUAUUAGUUUCUCGAGUGAAACACAACAUGGUGUAUUUACAUUUCCCUUCUAACCUUACCGAGGAAGAACUUAUGCUACAAGCGAAAUACCAGAAAUUAAAGAAAAAGAAAAAAGCACUUCAAGCUCUCAAGGCACCCAAACAGGAGCCAGAGAAGCCAGUUCUUCCAAAACGGCCGACUGAAGCUCGCGACGCUCGAGAAAUAGCACGAAAGUUGAUAAAAAGCGGAGCUAUACAGGCUAUCAAGAGCCCGCCACCUCAACCACAGAAUGCUAGCUUCAAGAGACCACGAGCAGGAAGAGAACGCAAGCUGAGUGGAUCUACUGGGGCUGCUGGUGGAGUAGCUUCAUAUCAGCCUUUCAGCGCAUCUCAAGAACCCCCACCUCCGGAAGAGAAGCCUACUCCCAAAGUCAAAUAUUUAUAUGAUUCAUUUGUCACAGCAAGAGACAAGGAAGAAAAAGGCCCACGCAAUCCACCUGGAAGUGAAACCGCAGGAAGUGCAACCACUGCACCCGCUGCAAGGAGUUGCACACUGCAAGUGGCAGGCACUCGGAUAACAGAAGAAGUUAUUCGUCGCCGCCUUGUCAGCCAUGAGCCAUUCACUUAUACUCAAGAAGCUGAUGAAGACAAGGUGUUUUUGACAUUUGACACAGCGGAUGUAGCCGCGCUCGCCCUCACGGCUCUCGACGGGAACGAGGAGGGCUGGCGAGUGACCACCACGCGGCGGCCCCCGCAGACCUCUGGCUCGUGGGCCCCGGCAGCGUCGCCGCGGAAUCCCCCGCCGCCUAAAGAUGCUAAACGAAAUCUCCUCGUCUAUGAAGAUAUCUUUGAUUAAUAAACUAUUUCAGAAUUU